AUGUGCAACAAACGCCGACUAGAGGGCGUCGAGCCCCAGAAUUUUAAGAAAUUUUAUCGUCUCCUGCGGCGUGGAGAUGCUUUCGCUGUCACCGGUCGACCGCACCGCACCGGCCGAGGCGAGCUCACCGUCGAUGCAACAACGUUGCCCCAACUGCUGGCGCCAUGUCUUCAUGAUGUCCCGGUCCACGAUAUUUCGCAUGAAACAUCACCGUAUCCCCGCCAUGUCCAGUUCCUGGCGGAUCCCACCGCGGCGGAUAUCAUCCGGGCCCGAUCCUCCCUCGUUCAGUAUCUGCGCCAAUUCUUCCUGGACCGUUCUUUCAUGGAAGUCAGUACUCCGAUCAUUGAUUCCGUGGCUGGUGGCGCGAUCGCCCGGCCGUUUUAUACGUCCGCCACAGAGUUUCCAGAUCGCAAGCUGUCAUUGCGCAUCGCUCCUGAGCUGUGGUUGAAGCGUUUGGUGGUGGGCGGGUUCGACAAGAUCUUCGAAAUUGGACCCUCGUUCCGCAAUGAGGGCCUGGACAAGACCCAUAACCCCGAAUUCACCACCUGCGAGUUCUAUCACGCCUACGCGAACCUGGAAGACUUGAUGAGCAUCACGGAGAAGCUGCUCUCGGGAAUGGCCACUCAUAUCCAGACCCUCAAUACGAAGGGCACGCUUCGGCCCACCACUGCCAAUUUCACCGCGCCCUUCCGACGGAUCGACUUCAUCACGGGUAUUGAGGCCCAGAUCAACCAUAAGUUGCCUGAUCUCACCUCUCCCGACGCCUUGGACGAAGUGGUCCGCCUCUUCCACACCCUCUCUCUCCCUCUCCCGACCAAUCCAACUCUACCCCGUCUUCUGGAUGAGCUCUGCGGUACCUUCGUAGAACCCACUUGCAUCGACCCGACCUUCAUCAUCAACCCGCCCGAAUGUCUCUCUCCGCUUUCCAAAUCCUUCAUUCACCCCGAAAAUCAGCAGCGUGUCGCCGCUCGCGGCGAGCUCUUUGUCGAAGGCAAAGAGCUCGUCAACACUUACGAGGAGGAAAACUCGCCCACAGAGCAGCGCCGCAAAUUCGAGGACCAAGUGCGCUUCAGCAAGGCUGCCGACGAGCCUGGUGAGAUCGACGAAAGCUAUCUUGAGGCUUUGGAGUGGGGACUUCCGGCCACAGGCGGCUGGGGCUGUGGUAUUGAUCGUCUGGUGAUGCUGUUCACGGGCGCGAAACGAAUUGGCGAUGUAUUGGCGUUCGGCAAUCUGCGAGCUGUCACGAAGAGAGCCGAAAGUGCCUCGAGUGAGUAG